AUGCGUCCCUUCAAGCGGAAAGCAGAUGAAGUGACAGCUUCUGUCGAUCCCGAGCACAGGAAAAUACGCUCUCCCAAAGUCUCCUCGAAUCAAUACAAAGACUCAACAAAUGAGAUCAAGUACGGCAUUGUCCUUCGCAAGUAUUAUCCUCCUGAAAUGACCAACGAGCGAGCCGAGGCAUACAAUACUGGGAUGAUCGAGCGGCCCAUAGAGACACUUGAGAAGGCCGUCCAAGAGACACAGGGAGAUCGAGACCGAAUACAGCCAGGUGAUUGCGUCGUCCACUGGUUCAAGUGCGAUUUGCGUAUCACGGAUAACAAGGGGCUGCAUCUAGCAAGCAAGACGGCCAAGAUGCUCGAUGUGCCCCUUAUUUGUCUUUAUUUGAUAUCACCGCAGGACUACGAAGCUCACUUGACAGCCCCUGUGCGCGUUGAUUUCAUUCUUCGCAACCUUCUCACUUUGAAAAAGGAUCUGGACGAUUUGGAUAUACCAUUGUACGUCGAGACAGUUGAGAAGAGAAAGAAUGUUUCAUCCAAGCUCAUCGAGUUGUGCACAAUAUGGGGCGCUCGCCAUGUGUUCUGCAACGCCGAGUACGAGGUGGAUGAACUCAGGAGAGAAGCUGCUUUGAUUAAGUCCUGCUUGGAGAGGCGAAUAUCGUUCAGCGUCGUCCAUGACACUUGCGUUGUGGAGCCUGGCAAGCUGAAGAGCAACUCCGGCGGUCCAAUAUCAGUCUACAGUCCCUGGCAUCGAAAGUGGUGCGCCUACCUCAAUCAAAAUCCCAAAGAACUGGACUGUUUUCCUCCACCAGCCCAAAAUUCUCGAGUUGUUAGGGACAAUUUUUCAACACUAUUCAACACUGAAAUUCCAGACGCACCCCCAUCGAAGCAGUUGACUGAGGAGGAAAGGAAGAGAAUGCAUAGGAUUUGGCCUGCCGGAGAACGCGAAGCUCAAGAUCGGCUACGCAAGUUCGUGCUGGAAAAAAUCGCCAAAUACCAUGAUACUAGGAACUUCCCGAGUGGCAAUGGGACGUCUGUUCUGAGCCCACAUCUUGCGGCCGGCACCAUCGCCGCGCGAACUGUUGUCAGGGAAGCACGAGAAGCUGCUCCCCUGAAAAAAUUGACUGAUGACCGGAAACAAGGACAUUCGAUGUGGAUCGCGGAGGUGGCGUGGAGAGACUUUUACAAACAUGUCUUAUGCCACUGGCCCUAUGUUUGCAUGAACAAAUCAUUCAAACCAGAAUACAGCAAUAUCGAGUGGGAAUACGACUCGGACCAGUUUAACAGAUGGGCCGAAGGAAAGACAGGUUUCCCAAUCGUUGAUGCUGCAAUGCGCCAAGCAGCAUAUACAGGAUACAUGCCCAAUCGUUGUCGUAUGAUCGUGGCGUCCUUCUUAGCCAAAGAUCUUUUAAUCGACUGGCGCAUGGGCGAGAAAUGGUUCAUGGAGCACCUCAUUGACGGUGACUUCGCAUCAAACAAUGGCGGUUGGGGUUUCAGUGCUAGCUGUGGUGUUGACCCACAGCCAUAUUUUCGCAUUUUCAAUCCCCUGCUCCAAAGCGAGAAGUUUGACCCGAAAGGAGAUUAUAUUCGCAGGUGGGUGCCAGAGCUCGCGGAGAUCAAAGACAGCAGGGGAAUCCACGAUCCGUACAACCGCGGCUUUGGGAAAGUGGCUGAAACGAACGGAUAUCCAGGGCCGAUGGUCGAUCACAAAGAGUCUCGAGAAAAGGCCCUGGCACGAUAUAAAGCGGGCAUCGGAAGGAACACUGCAUGAAGACAUCCUGACUCAAAUUGAUUCUCCUGGGCUGGGACUGGGCUUGAACAAACAGUUGAAACGCAUGACUAGUGAAAAACGGCCUUGGGAGUCCUGAAUAUCUUGCUUGGAAUCACAAAAUGUGACAUUGGCUUCGCUUGAGCUUUCGGCGGUACUCAAGAGGGCCAUUCGACCACGACAGCAGGUCUUCCAGGUGCAACAUCCAUCUUAUUGGAGUUUCUUCUUCCAACGCUACCUCCACAUAUUCUGACGGCAAGAUGCUCUUCUUCCCCGUCUGCGCCAGGCACAAACACAAACACCCUUCUUUUGAAUACGCUACUGAGAGUAGCGGACAUGUCCUCUUCUGCCGUAUGAAUGAAGUUUUCGAAGCUGGGUUCACAGGGUGACAGUGGUGCCAUGCAGCUGAUAAGUCAGAGGAAAGCAUUCGAUGUUGGCGGCAAACGAAAGGAUUCCCU